CGCGCGCUGGACCGCGCCUCUCCGGCUCUCUCGCGCGCUGAGCAUCCCAGAGAUCAGACCGCGAUGGAACCUGAGACCAGAGACGAACCCGAGGCUGGAGAUGAGCAGAGCUGCACCGUGUAUGGCCUCUACGACCAGGAUUUAACGCACAAGACCAUCCUGGUGGGGGACAGUGGGGUGGGGAAAACAUCUUUGCUGGUGCAGUUUGAUCAGGGAAAGUUCAUCCCAGGCUCCUUCUCUGCCACAGUGGGCAUUGGCUUUACGAAUAAAGUCGUCACUGUCGGAGACGUGAAAGUUAAAUUACAGAUUUGGGACACAGCGGGACAGGAAAGAUUUCGCAGCGUAACUCAUGCUUACUACAGAGAUGCCCAUGCUCUUCUCCUGCUGUAUGACAUCACCAACAAGUCAUCGUUUGACAACAUCAGGGCGUGGCUUACAGAGAUCCAUGAGUAUGCACAGAGUGAUGCAGUCAUCAUGCUUUUGGGCAACAAGGCUGAUAUAAACAGUGGGAGAGUCAUCAAACGGGAGGAUGGAGAGAGACUGGCCAGGGAAUAUGGUGUCAUAUUUAUGGAGACAAGUGCUAAAACUGGUGUAAAUGUGGAUUUGGCCUUCAUGACGGCAGCAAAGGAGCUGAUUGGACGAUGUCUCGAGCUGCCCAAAGAGCCGAAGUUCCAAAUCAACGAUAUUGUCGAGCAGAAACCACAGAAAUCAGGAUGUUGUGGCUUCACAUAGGAUGCAACGAGACACAAUAACGGUUGAGAGAGGAUAUAAGAAUGAGAUGCAGAAAGAGAAAGAAUAAGAAAAAUAAUCAGAGCUGAUUCAGGCCAAAUGUAAUCCUUAAACCUUAAGUAAAGCCCAUGAUGUAAAUCAUACUUUGAAGGAAUGUAAUUGUCCUGAGCAGACGGAAACCGCUUCACUUCUUGGGAGCAGGUUCAGCUUUGGUCAUUUUGUCUCUCUAGAACUCUACUAUGCAGUAGUUUGCUAUGCUUUCCCCAAAACAGUGUUGCACAAAGUUCAUGAUUAUAUUUAGUGGAUGAGAUGAUACACUAGUCAUCUGAAAUAGUGAUCUAAUUAAAAUUGUGUUACGAUUGUAUAGAUGAUAUAACAGGGAACUAUUACUCCUUGGUUUAUAACAUCCCAUCUAAAACUUAAUCAUACAGUAGUGGUACAUGGCACGCCUAGUUACAAUGUAUUCCAUUGAGGGACAAAAUGUGAUUUUUUUUUUUCUUUCCCCUUGUUAAAUUUACUGUAUCCCAGCAGAUUUAGUCCAGAAAUGUUCGGCCUUAGAACUGUAACCAAACAAAUGUAGACCAGGACGUUUAAAUUAGGAGCUAAAUCUUUGGAAGUGUGUACUAUGGGAACUUUAAUCCAUCAACUUUAGCAUGGAAAAGGUAUCAAAGAACCUUCAGCUCAACAACUUUAAAGCAGGAACUUUAACCCAGAAUCUUAGACAGUUUAGAUAUAAACUAAAAAAAUAAAAAUAAAAAAAUUGGUCCAGAAAAGCUAGCCCUGACAUAAUAAAACAAUUUCUAUUAUAGUGCCUCUGUUCAUAAUUUCCAAACCACGAUCAAGGAAGCAAUGUAUCAUCUUCAUGGAAUGAUAAUUUAGCCUAAUUAUUUUAUUUUUAUUAUUAGAUUUUGUUGCUACAAGGUUUUCGGGAAACUAGGCUUAAUUUUAUGGCCCGUAUUUUCUAUCCAUUGUCACCCUUCAUUUUUUAUCCAUUUUUUAUGGAGUUAUUAAAUCAUAAAGAGGUCACACUCUUAUAGUGUAUGCAAGCCCAGUUCACUGUGCCUUUGCACAUCCUGUUUGAAACCACUAGAGGGAGCAACAGUACAAGCAGUUUGAGAAAGUGGUACAAGCUGAGUCCACUACCAAUUGUUUUAUUUCACAAUGAAUAAGAACAUACAACCAGUUGUGUUGUAGCAGGAGAAUAUGAUUUUUUUUUCUCAACAAUAAUAUUAAGAAUAAAAAAAAAUCAUUAGAGCUGGUAAUGUUUAAUACAAUAUAAGUACUAGUAGAAAUUUAAUUAUUAAUAUAGCUUAUGUAGAAUAAUAAAUUGUUUAAUAUUUUAAGUGCCCCCCACCCCCAAAGUACUAAAUAUGUCUGAGAUAGCUCAAUGGUUAAGGCAUUGGACUACGAUUUGAACGAUUCCAACUAGCAUAAGUUCCCGUCAUUGACAGGUAUAGAGUUUGUAUAAAUAGUUCAAAGGUUAAAGCUAAAAAUAAGCUGAUGGGUUUCAAUGUAAGCAGUGAUAUUAUUAUUAUUAUUAUUAUUAUUAUUAUUAUUUCAGGUUGAAGCUCAUGUACAUGUCAUGUAGGCAGAACUUAUUAAUACAACGAAAUAAAAUUUUAUUUUGGCAAGGUAUUGCCAUGUAACUCACCACUGAUUUCACUUAUGGUGCAGGGUAAAUUUCAGGCAUCUAAAGACUACAAAACUUUUAUUUAAUUCUGUUCAGCCAGUUUCGCUUGAUAAAAUUAUGCUGUAAUAGAUAUUUUUAUAGCGAUUAUGUGUAUCAAUCCUUGCCAGCGUGGGCAUUUUACACGCCCUACCCUCUGACUGCUGCGGAUAUGUCUUCUUUAACUACCUGUGUUUUAUCUCAUAGUGGUCACAUUUACAGUACUGCUUUUUACUAUCACCACAGUUUCAGAACAUAUGAGACAAACUAGUUUUAAACUUCCUUCUAUUGAUCUGUCCAUACAUUUUCUAAAGUUCAGUUUUCAUAGUCUACUUUUCUUUCUUAUUUAUUUAUGUUUUUUUGGAGUAAGCCAUGCUACAGUACGUAGCGCUUUCGUUUCUGUUUCGUGAGGAUUUUGUAGUUUUUGUGUCUUCCGCAUAUGGUCUAUAUACAAUAAACUAUUGUGCUGAUUGGCUCUGUUGAGUGACACAUAUAGCCACACCCCCUUUGAGGGGACAAGGCGCUUAAUUGGAAACAAAAUUAUUAGACGCUGUGACAUAAUAAAGCACAUAACUGCUUAUAACUUCAUUUUUACUCAACAUUUUGAUUUUAUUUAAUUUUAAUGUUUUGUUGGAUUUCAUUAAAUCCAGCCAGUUUUGCAUGAUGCUGACACUUUGCUUGUCCGUCUGAAUGAAAGCGGUGUUCUCCUCUCUUAACUGAAAUGAAAUCGUAUUUAUUUUUCAAUUUAAUUCCUUUUAUUCAUGCAAGUUGGUACUGGACUCAGAUUUUUAGAUCUUACUGUAGAGGCUAGGUAGAUUUUACAGAAGACUAACAUAUGGAGCGUUUCUCUGUCUUCAUUUCCUCAAGUAUUAUUACUGACGUCUUAUACUAUGACUAUAACGUCUGUCUUAUGUCAGGUUUCAAACUCUAAAUUUGAGAUUUUUUAUUAUUAUUCAGGGACAAUGUUAUAAGACAGAAGGAUAACCAGUCAUGGUGUGCCAGUUCUGUUUAAUUACUUAUAAUUUUCUCCUUAAUCUGAAACAACACUGCACUAUGUAUCCUUGUAUGCUGCAGGACAGGUUACAGUAUGAUGUUGUGAGUAUGCUUGUGAAUGGAUUUGGUGUCUCAGGGUCUUUUAAGAUAAUUAUUUGCUUAAAUGCAUGUUUGACCUGCAUGAAGUGAGAGCGCACAAAGGUGUAUUUUGAUUUGAAAGCUUGAUUUUAAAACUGUCACAUCGAGAUGAAAAAAGUAAUUGUACUGUAAGUACAUGUUUUUAUGUCAGACUUUAAAAUAUGGUUUGGAAAACCUUUAUUUGUUUCCU